AUGGAAAGCGCCAAAAAGCCGCAGAAUGAGCCUAACAGCUCGGCAGCGCCAAAGAGCAAAGCUACAGCCAAGAAAAAGAAGGAGCGACGUCAGUGGGAUAAACCCGACUUUUUAUUCGAGUCCUCGACGGAAGAAGAGGAGCCGGAGCGGGAAGCUGUCGCGGACUUUGAUCCUAUGGGGUGGAGUUCAUCGGAUUCUGAUACAUCAUCGUCGCUUGAUGAAUCAGCAGAUGAUUGCGUAAUUAUAGCCGCCGAUCCGGCCAUUGAAGCUGCGCCGCCACAACAUGCAACACUUGUGACAGGAGAGGCGAGUACCUCGGAUUGUCAAAUUAUUUUCGCCGCUCCAACAGCCGAUGAAGCUCGGGCUGCGAAAAAGGAGGCAGCCCUGCAUCGCUUCGAUGAGUUGAAGGCACGUUUUCUAGAAUUGAGGAAACCCGACAUCGAUGCAAUCUAUUGGGAUCACUGCCCAAUCCGCCAUAACAAGACCUCUUGGCUUAUCAAGGAGUUGCACAAUAGGUCGGCUGAAGAAUUCGGGGCACUCAUCUAUGGUCUGACCCAAGAGUCCCCAAAGCACCUGGAAAGCGCCUUCCUGGGAGGUGUUCCUACCCCACUGCAUGUCGCUAUUUGCCAAAGAAAAAUCGAGUAUCUAAAAGCGAUGUUCGAAUUGGCUCGUGAUAUUGAGAUGGUGCGCGAGUUACUCUACUAUGCAUUCAUGAUGCCUCCACACCGUAUGACCGGCCUAAAGAUGAACCCGUUCCUGUUGGUGGCCAACAACUCGGCGAUGUGGCGCGAUCUGACGGCCCGCGGACGAUUCCAGAAGCGAGAUACGCAGCCAGUUGAUUGCGAGAUCUUGAAGCUGCUGACCACAUUUUGCGAACGACUGCGGCGCGAUGUCUCGAUUUUGCCCUGGAUUGAGCCACAGGCCAAAGGCAGCUUCUUCCCGUUUUGGCGACCAAAUCCACCACGGGAUGCACCGGAGUGCCCACUUGCGGUUGCAGCCGGAAACGGCGAUUUCGAGCUCUUCGAGCAGUUCCUGACGUAUCCGAAUCAUCGCUACGCUUUCGAUGACAAUCAACAAGGCGCCAUUCAACUAUUGCAGCUCGAGUAUGUCCUUCUCUGCGCGCUGUCAACCGGCUCCGUCGAAAUCUUCGAUCGCAUCUCCAAAGGAGUUGAGCGUCUACUACCGGCCAUCGUUCCUGCCGGCUUUAGCGGGAUUGGCACGUUCAAGCUUGCAAAAACGAAAAACCUACGUGGGGAUCGAUUCGCUGAUGACGGCUGUGGCUCGAUUCGGGGACAAAAAAUUGGCCGCUACCGUCGAACAGUUCAUCAGGAAAGCAAA